CUGCCUUUAGUUUAGCUAGGACACGUGUUGGGAAAUUGGGGAGCUUUCGUGUUGAGUAUCGGAUUUACAAAAUCAGACCUUUAUUUCUUUUAAAUUAAUAAAUACCAUAUCUGGCAAGUAAAUAAAUUAGUUGGAUCGGCAGGAUCAGUCGGAACUGAAAGGAGGUGCGAUUUAGAUUUAAUGUUGGAACAUCGGGGUGCUUUUAGCCACGGACUUGGGUACUUCCGGGAGGGAAUGGGCGGGUUGAAAAUUGUGUUUAGCGGGUUUCGCUUUGUUUCUAAAUACUUGAGCAUUCGGUAGCCACUCGCGCCACAUUUUGGAGGACGCAGAGAGGCUGCCAACGCCGAAAAAGUCUUCUUCGGGCUCUCUGAUGGCCACAUCUGUGGGGUUGGAGGAAUGGUAAUCCACCUUUCUGGAAUGAUUUUUGUAGGAUUUUAAAACUUACGUAGACCAAGCAUGCAAAGCUGCUGAGGAAUUUAUCAAUAUUUAUUAUGAGACAAUGGACAAGAGAAGAAGGGCACUUAUCAGGCUUUAUCUGGACAAGGCCACUUUAGUAUGGAAUGGAAAUGUUGUUACUGGGCUGGACGCCCUAAAUAAUUUUUUUGAGAUGUUGCCUUCUAGUGAGUUCCAGGUUAAUAUGUUAGACUGCCAGCCAGUGCAUGAACAAGCUACGCAGUCCCAGAGUACAGUUCUUGUGGUGACCAGUGGAACUGUGAAAUUUGAUGGAAACAGACAGCACUACUUUAACCAAAACUUCCUGCUGACUGCGCAAGUCAGUCAUAACAGCACCGUGUGGAAGAUUGCAAGUGAUUGCUUCCGUUUUCAAGAUUGGGCUAAUGGUUAAAAGGGCAAAAGUCAAUUAUUUAGGUCCUUUAGGUCCAGCAACAGAAGUUUAUCUGAAUUCAUUAAUUUCAUUGUACAAGUGCCAUAAGUUAGUAUGUUCUGAAACUAAAAUUCUUUAAUGUUUUCUUAUUUCUCAUAGCACCUUUUCUAGUAACUGCCGGUUUGAAUUAUUGCCCGUAAGAGCUUUAAUGCUUGUUUUUGACAUGCCUUAUAUACAUUGCACUGAUGACAUUCUUAAAUUAAUAUUAAACGUGAUUGUGGUACUAACAUACUCACUGUGAACACAGCCUAUUGCAGAAAUCCUUUUGUAAUACUAUCUAUGGGAUGUCAGCACAAUAUAACACUCUGGGAAGAAGUAGAAUUUUUUUGGUUACUAUAUUUGACAUAAAACACAUGCCUAUUUUCAGUUAACACUCAUAAUGCAGUUUUAAUAUGUAAGUGUAGCCUUUUCAAAUCAGUUCAGUUUAGCUUUGCAAAAGUACUCUGACACACUGAAAUUACAUGUAGAGAUGUUCAGUAGUCUUUUUCCUAUUAAGUUUUCUUAUGUGGACAUUUCCCUUAUCAAGUGAAUUAACUAGACAAAUGAAAAUUUUUUUCCACUGAUGCUUGAUUCUUAAGUACAUUUAGUGGCUUAAAAGCAAAACCCUAAAACAUUUUUCUUGGCAGCUUCAGGUCUGCAUAUUUUGGGAAUGUGUGGUAGUAGAACCAAUACUUCUAAUGAGAGAGGGAGAAAUGCAAAAAUCCAAGGUUAAAGACAAAAAUAAGAGGUGAACAAAUGGUAAUAUUUUGGUACUUAUUUUGUAUCUUCUACAAAUACAGCCUAUUUUGUGAUUUCAAUUAAUAAGUCAAUAAGUAUUAUUGUAAAUGGUCAUGAGCAUCACUUGUGUUCUGAGAAUUGUCAUCAAUAUAUAUCUCAAUUUACUCAAGAAUUUAUGGGGUAAAAUGAAAGCAAUAAGCCUAACUUGUUAGGGUCUAAUAGGAAAGUUGGAAACAAAGUCAUUCCUCUGUCUUUGUUACACCCUUUACUUCUUAAGCCUUCCAUGUGAACUUCAGGCCCAGAGACUUCUAUGUAUUAUCCACCCCAAAAUGAGUGAUUUCCCCACUCUGUUUUGUACAGUCAACUGUGUCUAUUACUUAAAUUAAAAUUAAUCUUAUGAUUUAUUCUUCCGUAUGGCAUUGGACAAAGAGAUCUGUUUCAGAACACUUUUAUGUGACUAACCCAUUGUCUUUUAAAAGGGAAAACAGAAUAACAGAUUUUAUAUCUGUACUUCUGAAGAAAAAAAAGCUAGCUCUGAUUUAUGGAUAAUAUGUACUAGUCUUUGCAAUUUUGUAAUGUUUUUAAGCUAGAUAUACCAGCUUUGUUUAUAUAUUACAACCAAAAGUAAUGCUUCUAUUAAAUUCAUUUCGUUUUCCCUAAUACUAUACACUGUGUUUCUGAUAAUAGUACCAAAAUGGAAGUGAAUAGAAGGGAAUGGAACUAAUAUUUAAACCACACCUUGUUAAACUGAGCAAAAUUUAAACAUUAUAGUAUUCUACUCAAAAGUGAGAUGAUUCUUAUUUUUGAUUUUUUUUUAAAACCACAGCUUUAGCAGCGAUAAAAAAUGCCCAAAUACUGCCCUUUCCAUUAUGGAGAACAAUCUCAAAUAAAAGCUGUGUAUAACUGGCAAUAACUGGACAACUGUAAAAUACUUUCUCUAAGCUAUAACUUUGAAAUAAAUAGAAAUUCUCUUAUAUAGACAAGACUUAUUUUUGACAUGUUCAUAUUUUUAUAACUUGAAAAAUAAAAAGUUUUCUCAA